AUGGCCCAGGUCUGGGACGCGGGGAUGACGUCGGGCAGCCGGUCACGGAGCUCCAGCAGCGAGGCCAGCCUGGCCCCCCGCUACCUCCUCAGCAAGCAGAACCGCCUGCUCAACGGGACCACCCGCAGCGCCCGCACCGCCUCCCCCAUGGGCCGUGUCAUCCUCAUCAACACCCCUAUUGAAGCCAGCAGCAAUGAGAGCGACAUCAUCAACGCCAUCACGGUGGAGAAGAGCGUGGACGGCAAGCUGGGCUUCAGCGUCCGUGGUGGCUCUGAGCAUGGGCUGGGCAUCUUCGUCAGCAAAGUGGAGGAGGGCAGCGCUGCUGAGCAGGCUGGGCUGUGUGUUGGUGACAAGAUCACGGAGGUGAACAGCGUGAGCCUGGAGAACAUCACCAUGAGCAGUGCUGUCAAGGUCCUCACCGGCAACAACCGCCUCCGCAUGGUGGUUCGACGGAUGGGCCGCGUGCCAGGCAUCAAGUUCUCCAAAGAGAAGACAGCAUGGGUGGACGUGGUGAACAGGCGUCUGGUGGUGGAGAAAAGCGGCUCAACGCCAUCAGAGAGCGGCUCUGAGGACGGGCUGCGGCGCAUCGUCCACCUCUACACCACCUCCGAUGACUACUGCCUAGGCUUCAACAUCCGUGGCGGCAGGGAGUUUGGCCUCGGCAUCUACGUCUCCAAGGUGGACCCCGGGGGGCUGGCAGAGCAGAAUGGCAUUCGGGUGGGAGACCAAGUCCUUGCAGCCAACGGAGUCAAGUUCGAAGACAUAAGCCAUAGCAAGGCAGUGGAGGUGCUCAAGGGGCAGACCCACAUCAUGCUGACCAUCAAGGAGACUGGCCGAUUCCCUGCCUACAAGGAGUUGGUGGCCGAGUACUGCUGGCUCACUCGCUUGACCAAUGGGCAGCUGCAGCAGCUGUCUCAGACCUCUGAGACCAGCUCCUCCAUCUCCUCCUACUCCUCGGGGCCAGCGCCAGCGGUGGUGAAUGGUCUGGGGACAGCCACCCCCGGGACCCCCACCCGCACCGUGGACGUAGCCAUCUCCACGGAGGAUGGGCCACGGCGGGGCUGGGCGCGGGAGCGUGCUGAGCGGGCCAUGCAGACUGAGCCGGCCACCGAGGGGCUGCCAGAGACGCGGCGCAUGGUUCCCAGCCCAGAAGAGAAGCGGAAGAAGGAGAAGCCAGAGGGCCAAGAGGCACGGGGGCCCCCCCCAGGGCUGCAUCGCUCCAAGACCCUCGUCAACCUCUUCUUCAAGGGGGGCCGUGCCACCAGCCAGAGCUGGGCUCCCCUCAGCCAGGAGCCCCCUGCCUCCGACCGCUGGGCACACGCCAAGUCCCCAGGGCGCCCCGAUGGGGACAGAGUAGGCGCUGUGCAGAAGUUUGUCAUCCGGAGCCUGAAGCGGGAGAAAAGCCGGCGUGCCAGUAUCCUGGGGCCUGGGGGCAUCGCCACUCUGCAGUCCAAUGGCAGCGACCCCGAGGCCCGGCUCCCGCACAUCCAGGACACCGCUGCGCGGCUCCUCAGCCCUGAUGAGGUGACGGCCGUGCUCCGACACUGCUCCCGGUACCUGCAUGAAGGCAGUGUGGAGGAUUUGGUGCGACCACUGCUGGCCAUCCUGGACCGUCCCGAGAAGGUCCUGCUGCUGCGGGAUGUGAGGAGCGUGGUGGCCACCACAGACCUGGGCCGGUUUGACAGCAUGGUGAUGCCCCUGGAGCUGGAAGCCUUUGAUGCCCUGAAGAGCCGCUCAGUGCGCUCGCCUGCCCUCCGCCCAGCCCACCAUGAUGUCCCCCCCAAGAGACACCUCAUCACACCAGUGCCUGGUGAGUACCACCCUAUGAGAUCUGCCUGGCCCCUGGGCUUCCCUGUGCCAGGGCACACCAGGAAUGGGUGGGGGCGGCAGCCCGCCAAUGGCCCUGGGGAUGCUGGCGGGGAGGAAGAGGAGGAGGAGGAGGAGUACCAGCUGCUAACCGUCACCCUCUCCAAGCUGAAGCACUCGCUGGGGAUCAGCAUCUCCGGCGGCAUCGAGUCAAGGGCGCAGCCAGUGGUGAAGAUCGAGAAGAUCUUCCCUGGGGGAGCUGCCUUCCUCAGCGGUGUCCUCAAGGCUGGGCAGGAGCUGGUGUCGGUGGACGGGGAGAGCCUGCAGAACGUCACCCACCAGCGGGCUGUGGACAUCAUCCGCCAGGCCUACCGCAACAAAGCUAAGGAGCCCAUGGAGCUGGUGGUGCGGGUGCCUGGAGCCCCCCCCGAGUGA